CAUGCGCCGUGCGAGUGUCCCCGGAAGUACAUCACUGCACGCGUGAACGUUGACAACCUUACAACUACAAAACAACUAACCUGACAACUGCCCCGUAACACGCCUCCGCAGUGAUGCCAGUAACACGCCUCCUAUACCCUCUCUACCAGUUGGGGAACCCUCAGCUGAGGAUCUUCAGACCCAACUGGUUCCUGACACUAGUGAGGCCCGGAAAAGAGCAGCCUCCGGACACGGUCCAGUUUCGCAUCCCAAUGGAAAUGACCAAGUAUGACGUAAAGAACUACCUGGAGAAGAUCUACGACGUCCCCGUAGGAGCGAUCCGCACCAGGAUCCAGUUUGGCUCCAACAAGAAGAGGAAUCAUCUCCACCAGAAGGUUAAGCAGCCGGACUAUAAAGUAGCCUACGUUCAGCUGGCCCAGGGCCAGACGUUCACCUUCCCAGACAUCUUCCCAGAAAAAGAACUUAAGCACGAGGAGGGUUCUAUGGAGGAGAUGCAGGAGAAGUUCAUGGAGGACGAGAAGCAGAGGCAGAGGCUCGACCCCAGGAGAGGAGGGGUCACGGAGUGGUUCGGACUAUGAGAUGCCCCCCCCCCCCCCCCCGGACCGGGAACACUGGUCGCAUUAUUUGUCGUGGGUGUCUGAUUGGGAGCUUCUAUUUCUGUAAAGAAACCGUUCACAACGGAAGUGCAGUAAAGAAGAAUGUGCGUGUUUGUAGUAAAGAAGAAUGUGCGUGUUUGUGUGUGUGUGUUUGUGAGGCUUUGGUCCAGUAACACGUGCCGCAGGAGGAGGAGGAGAGUGGCCCGGCUCCAUUAAACCAGCCCAACGUGGUCUGGUAGCUGUUUUGACAAAGUAAUGAUCUGUGUUUGAAUCGGGCCACUGGAGGACCGAGCCCUCUUACGGUAAUCGGGGGCCCACGAAGGGGAGGGACCUCUCUCUUGGACCCUCCAUUAUGCUGAAAGGCCAAGGUUACAGUAAGUGUCCCCCAGCCGUGACCACUAAUGCUGCUUGGCUAAUACAAAGGUCCAGUUCCCUGACCUCACCCAGCCAACUCAGCUAUCGCUAAGGAGAAUGUCAAUAUUGAUCGCGUUGGCCCAUUGUCUGCUGCCUGGAAAAAUUCACCCGCCGUGUCGCUCUAAAGCAAUCUGAUUGAGAACUAAACAAGCCUCCUGCUACACCGCCACCCCAUUUCUUUCUGUCUGCCUCAUUCACUUUCUCUCUUUUAUUCCAAUUCUCUCUCUCUCACACUCUCUCGCUUACUCUCUGUUGCUCAGUCCGGACCGCCAGAGAAACAGCUGCUUAACCAACAGAGACCAAAUUCCUGCUCUCACUCUCUCCCCCGGCCUGAACAGGCCUCACAUUAAAGUUGAGAAAUCAA